GUGGGCUACCUCGCGAGAUCCGAUGAAUAAUCCGCAAGAACUGUUUCUCGAAUUGAAUCACAUCGAAGGAAGGCCGAGGCGAUAAAGGCGACGCGUGCGCGCCUACGAUGUUAAUGCACAUUCCUCCAAUUAUUAGUCCAAUUCCGAUCGCGUUAGUCAUUCGUUUUCCCAUUAAAAGCUACGAAAUCGUUACUCUUUUGUCCGGAUAUUUGGUUAAGAAAAAAUAACAAAGUAAACGAAGAAAAGUAUCGAGCAUGAAGAUAUUCGAAGAAUCUUCGAGGAGGACGACAAAGUGACGGUUACGAUUGGAAAAAGGCUGAAGAGAUUUUUUUCUUUGAGAAAUGUGUUGGAUGAGAAAAACAUGAUGAGGUUCUCGUGCUUUCCAAGAGCGAGUAUUCUCAGUCAGCGUGGCAGCAUCAACUUUACGCACAAACACGAGCACGAUGGCGGAACGAGCGUAUCGAGCGUCGUCGUGAAUGGAAGCACGAGGAGUCCCAUCGCUACCAGUUACAAGCAAUCGGGCGAGCCGGAUCUGACUUAUGGCGUCAUACGUCCACUUCCAAAUGCCAUCUCGUCUAACGGAUCGGUUUGCUCGGCAUCGACGAGUAAAAGUCGAGCAAGUGAACCUUCCCGGGUGCAGAGUCAUCGAGAGAAUUUGGAGACUCACGAGGAGAGAUCCGAGCAGGAUGACGGAUACGAGGAGGUAAAACCGGCUAAUCCCCGUGGCGGCGUAAUCGGGAGGACUCCUACGCCGCCUACCUCGGCGGCGCCUAUACCUAUUCACGAAAAGGACGCCAGGAGCGCGAGACAGAUAAAGCGCGCCAUUUUGGAGAACGAGUUUCUUGGUAAUCUCGAGAACAGUCAGGUAGAGUCUCUCGUCGCGGCUAUGUAUCCAAAACAGUUCCCACCCAAUACGAUGGUUAUUCGCGAAGGAGAUAUAGGAUCUCAUUUGUACGUGUCGGCGGAAGGGGAGUUCGACAUAUACCAAGGUAGCAAGUUUCAACGAACCUUUGGCCCUGGCGUCGCAUUCGGAGAAAUAGCCUUGCUUUACAAUACGAAGAGGCUUCGUUCGAUCGGAGUUAAGAAGUCCGGUAAGGUAUGGGUACUGGACAGAUCGGUCUUUCUAAUGGUGAUGAUGAGGAGCGCCCAAGAUCGGCUAGAGGGCAACAUCCGCUUCCUACAGCGAGUCUCCGUUCUUCAAAAGCUUCCAGAACCAAAGGAUCAGAUACUUUCAAAGAUCUCAGAUCUCAUAAGAGUGGAAUUCUUCCCGGCUGGCGCAAAAAUCCUUCGGCAGGGUGAAAAGGGCGACAAGUUCUUUAUAAUUAGCGGCGGAAACGUAAGAAUAACAAAGGACACCGAGUACGGCGACGAGGAGGAGCUUGUGGUACUCGGCAAAGGGCAAUACUUUGGGGAGAAGGCUCUUUACGACGAUGAGGGAGAGCACCGUCGGCACGCGAACGCGAUCGCCCUUGCACCUGGCGUCGAGUGUCUUACUCUCGACGGAUCAUCUUUCCUCGAUUAUCUGGGCAGCCUCGAGGAGAUUCGCAACAAGGAUUGGCUCGACGAGUACGAGAAACAAAAGUGCUCGCUGACGCCAAAAAAGUGGACGAACGAGUAUUCGAAUUUGACGUUGUUCGAUCUCGAAACGAGAGGCACGCUCGGCGUUGGCGGCUUCGGACGCGUCGAAUUGGUAACGUUAAAGUCCGAUCCCGACAAAAGUUUUGCCCUGAAGAAGCUCAAGAAAAAGGUUAUGGUCGAUCAGCAACAACAAGAGCACGUUCUCAACGAGAAGCACAUUAUGCAAGCCUGCGAUUCGCCAUUCAUAUGCAAACUUUAUCAAACGUACAAGGACUCCAAAUACGUCUACUUCCUUAUGGAAAUCUGUCUGGGUGGUGACGUAUGGACGACUCUACAAAAGAGACGAUUGUUCGACGACUCCACGGCACAGUUCAUGGUAGGUUGCGUCGUCGAGGCUCUAGAUCAUCUUCACUCCUUGAACAUCGUUUAUCGUGAUCUCAAGCCGGAAAAUCUAAUGCUCGAUUCUCGUGGCUAUCUCAAGCUGGUUGAUUUUGGAUUCAGCAAAAAGAUUGGUCCUGCCAAGACGUGGACCUUUGCAGGUACGCCCGAGUACGUUGCUCCGGAAAUAAUAUUGAACAAGGGACACGACAGGGCGGUGGAUUAUUGGGCACUUGGCAUCCUGACGCAUGAGCUUCUCGUCGGCAAACCACCCUUCCGUGCGGCCGAUCACAUGACGACAUACAACAAGAUUCUCAAGGGGAUCGAGGUCGUCGGUAUACCGAGCAUCAUUAACAAACAUGCCAAUCAAUUUAUUAAGAAGCUUCUACGGCAUUCCGCUUCCGAGAGAUUGGGCUAUCAAAGAAACGGCAUACAGGAUAUACGCGAUCACAAAUGGUUCUCCGGAUUUAAUUGGCAAGCUCUUCAGCGAUUAGCCUUACCUGCUCCUAUAGUGCCGACGGUACGAAACCGCAUCGACACGCGAAACUUUGAAAGAUAUCCUCCAGAGCGAGAUAUUCCGCCAGACGAAUUUUCAGGUUGGGACAAGGACUUUUGAUCGGAAGGAAGAAUAUAUUUCUUUUGCCUCGAUCGUUGAAAGAGACUCUUUUGUAUUGUAAUGGCGCGCGUUCCUCGAUAAGAGAUAUUAAUCUAAGACGAUAAAAUUAUAAAUGACACACGAUGUAAACGCGUUCUUUUUUUGGGGAAGAAGGCGUAGAGAGAGAGAGAGAGGGAGAGAGAGAGAGAGAGAGAGAGAGAG